GUUCCCCCUGUUGGCGAACAGCGGCAUCUGGGAGGGAGGACGAAAGGAACAAGCUGAGAGAAAACAGAGGGGAGGAGAAACUAGACAGGAGCCCAGCGAGGAGGACGCAAACACACAGGAGAGGAGGACACCACUGCUUCGGUGUAGCCCUCGUGAUUGGAUGACGACCAGCAUGGACGCGCUACAUCCUGGAGUUUCCUACAACCCUUAGUGCUCUGAUCUGCAGCUGAGUCAACUGAACCCUAAACAGUGACCAGCCCCGGUCUGUGACUGACCUCCUGUCAGGUGAUCUGUCUCGUGCCACAAUGAUGUCAGUAGAUAUGACCAAUCGUAAUGGCCCCGCUGCCACGCCUCCCACCUCACUCAGCCUUCGCUCCUCACACAACCAGCUGCUGAGCAGUGAUGUCAUCAAGCAGGGCUCCGCCACGCCGCCCAAGUGUCGUAAAAAGUAUGCACUCACCAGUAUCCAGGCUGCCAUGGGCCUCGGAGAAGCAGCGCCAUCAUCAUCAUCAUCAUCACCACCAUCAUCCCCUUCACAUUCUAUAACACCCAACAAUCCCAAACUUGCCAAGAACGGAAUGAACCAGCUUCGUAAAGCCGGUCAAGAUCACAACAAAAACACAACCAGCCCUGACUUGACGGACCAGGAGUCUGAAAAUACAGCAGACGAUGUUAAUGUCAACACAGCUGAAUUGGACGACAGUCAAACUCUCACCAAUAAUGACGGAGAGGCUGAUGUCAUUGAGGUAGACAUUGAACUGCACUCGGACACUAACGCUGGCGUAGAUCCAGAGCAGAUAACAGAAUCAGACAUAGACUGUAACAUAAACACAACUGUGGAACUCAAUAUGAACGGCAACACAACAGUUUUGGGCUUUGACUUGAACAUUGAGGCAGAGGAGAGUGAUGACAUCAGCAUUCUGUCUGAGAAGGAAAUGAUGUCAAAGAUACAGAUUGAGGAAGAUGGAGAUGGGGUGGUAGUAGAGGAGCAGGAAGACGAAGAGAAUAAGCCUUUGCUCAUGAUAAAAAGUGAGUCUCCUUUGACGAACCUCCACUCCAACUUCAAGCUCCUCAAAUCAGGCAAGGACUCCCCGGUACCUCCUCCUCCUUCCCUGCCUAAGCAGCCCAGUCCAGAGGACACACCCCUGUUCUCAGUGGCCUCCCGCUCUUCUUCCUCCUCUCCAGAGACGAAGAAGGACAGAAGGACUGGGGCAAAGACAGACUGUGCUUUGAACCGCAUUCAGAAUCUGAACCCUAGUGACGAAGAGUUGAGUUGGACCACGCUGUCCCAGGAGAGCAACUCCCCAGAAGAGACAGAUAUCUGGAGUGAGCAGUCAUUCCAGACAGACCCUGACCUGCCUCCUGGAUGGAAGAAGAUCACGGACAUGGCCGGGAUCUACUACUGGCACAUUCCUACAGGUGCCACCCAGUGGGAGAGGCCUGCCACUCACCCAGCACCCCCUGAACAGACAGAGUCCCAGGCUCUGGGCGAACACACAGUGUUCACUCAACGGAAACACUCCCUUGGUUCACUCAGCCCCUCACCCACUCCCGACCAUGAGUCGUGCCAAGCGGAGGUCUUCUUUAGGGGGUCGACUCGUUCGGGCAGCACCACCUCUGACAGCUCAGUGGAGCCUCUCCCCACUCACGAGCCCACCCUCACCACAUGUGGAUUUGUCAACAGUUGCUACUUUCCUCGUUCUGCAUCUCUACAGGGGAUGCCCGAUCCAGAGUGUCUCUCUCAGCAUCUUGAAGAUGAGGACAAGAAACAGGUGUGGAGUGUUUUUGGCGGAAAAAUUGAUAGUGAAGUGUGGAAGGACCUGCAAGCUGCCACAGUGAACCCUGACCCCAGUCUGAAGGAGUUUGAGGGUGCUACGCUUCGCUACGCAUCACUCAAGCUAAGGAACCGUCCAACAGUGGAAGAAGAAGAGUCAGGCAAUGUCAACGGUGACCCAGCAACAAAGUGUUUUGCGGUGCGCUCUCUUGGAUGGGUGGAAAUGGCUGAGGAGGACUUGGCUCCUGGAAAGAGCAGUGUUGCUGUUAACAACUGCAUCCGACAGCUGUCCUAUUGCAAGAAUGACAUCCGAGACACUGUCGGCAUCUGGGGAGAGGGGAAGGACAUGUACCUGGUGCUGGAGAAUAAUAUGUUGAACCUGGUCGACCCCAUGGACCGCAGUGUGCUUCACUCUCAGCCAAUCGCAAGUAUCCGGGUCUGGGGUGUUGGCCGGGACAAUGGCAGAGAGAGGGACUUUGCAUAUGUGGCGCGGGAUAAAAACACCAGGAUCCUAAAAUGUCAUGUGUUCCGCUGUGACACGCCAGCCAAAGCCAUCGCCACAAGCCUGCAUGAGAUCUGCUCCCGGAUCAUGACGGAGCGAAAGAAUGCCAAAGCAAUGGCAGGCUCUCUCCAGGACAGGAUGCAGGCAGGACUAGAUCUCCCUUUACAAGCAGAGUUCCCCACACCAAAGACGGAGCUGGUUCAAAAGUUUCAGGUGCUUUACCUUGGGAUGGUGCCUGUGGCCAGGCCAAUAGGCUCUUCUCCAGGCAUGGACAUACUGAACGGAGCUAUCGACAGUCUAAUCGGUUCUUCCAACAGAGAGGACUGGACCCCGGUAGCCCUCAAUGUGGCAGAUGCUACUGUCACCAUCAGCAAAGACGAAGACGAAGAGGAAGUGCUGGUGGAGUGUCGUGUUCGAUUCCUGUCUUUCAUGGGCGUUGGACGGAACGUGCACACGUUUGCCUUUAUCAUGGAUGCCGGUGGCCAUCGUUUUGACUGUCACAUCUUCUGGUGUGAGCCCAACGCAGGAAACGUGUCGGAGGCUGUACAGGCCGCUUGUAUGCUGCGUUAUCAGAAGUGUUUAGUGGCUCGACCCCCCUCCCAGAAGGCCUGUGGCACGUCGCCCCCCGGGGAUUCGGUGUCCCGUCGGGUAUCGACCAGCGUCAAGAGAGGCGUCCUUUCUCUCAUCGACACCCUCAAACAAAAGAGACCCGUCACCGAGUUGCCACAAUAACCAUGGUUGAGUGCUAUCGACUCCCUGCCACAACCAGUCACCAUGGUAACUAGUCGCACCGCUGCCAAAACCCGUCACCACCACAGAUCCUAGUAACCUUGGAAACACAACAAGGCCCCAGGGUUUGUCAUAUUUCCUUUACAUUUCUGGACUAAACUUGGACUUUCACCUCAAGAGUUUAUCAGCCCUAGAGCUGAAAUUCAAAUCUGUUUCCUCAAAAUAACUGCGAGGAAUAAAGACUCUAAUCUCGCAUCAAGAAGGAACAACCACAGAAACACCUGAGUAGUGAUUGUGUACAUAGAAGUAACUCUCAAUCCCCCUCAGCACAGAGAAGGAGAGGAAAGGAGAGCAACAGCUAAAUAAGUAGGAAGUUGCUUCUCCCAGCACAGCACGUGUGAUGAGCGAGCUCAGUGCUGCCCAUACUGCUGAUCUCUCAACGUUCUAAUUGUAUUUGUGACUGUGCUUCCAGCAUGACCGUGCACACCUGGCCACACCCGCUGUCAUUCACCUGGUUGUCCUGUUAGUCUGUGGUGGCUUUCUCCCCUCUGCCCCUCUUUCUCAUUGUCCUCUGUAGAUUGUAACAUGUAGUGAAGGAAGGAAUCAUCAAAGCCAUCGCGUCUGAUUUCCAAAUCAGUUUGUAAUGAAUGAAAGAAGGAAGCUGCAUGAACUUUUAAUAUAAAAGUGAACCAUUCUAGACAUAAUCAAUACACUGCUGCUGCUUACAGAAGGGGUGAAAAAUCCAAAGCCGCAUUGCUUUUAUGUCUUUGUUCCAGAAUCAGCUCGAAGGGUCUAAACGAGCGGUGACCUUUCACCCAAAACAUCCUCACAUACUUCCGGUUUUCUUGUUUUUUUUACGAUUGCCAUAAUGGAGCAGGGAUGGACAGUGUUACUCCUCCCUCUCUGGUAAACAACACCAGUCUGUUGCUCCAAACACAGGACACAUCGGCAUGCUGCUGCUGCUCUUCAACACACAUGCUGGAGGAACAUUUGACAGAUUAUUCCUUUAAAUCCCACCUCAGUAUUAGUCCUCAGCGGUUCAUGUUCACAAAAAAAGGGGGAUGACAACACAAGAAAGGCUGGAGGAACCAUACAAAGAAGAUAACUGGAGGAGUGUGUUUUGUACCUUGGUGUGGUGGCGGCUGAGAUCUGACUUGUGAGGAGGAGAGAAGGAGAGAGACCGGUUUUAUCUCCAGCCUCGGCUUUUUGUUUUUUUGAGAUGAAAGCCAACAGAAAGACAUGUUGACUUAAAUUAACAGGACUUUCCUGGACUAUUUAUCUGUCUCCAGGGUUCUGUUCACUUGAAUGCGUUUUUUUUUUUUCCUCCGUUGCCCACUCUUUACUGUACAUCUGUUUUUGACAGUGCCACGCGAUCACUUGCUUUUGGUCAGUUUCCUCACACAAAUCUCAAUUCAACAUUGCUAGCUCCUUAUUAUCCCACAUCUGACAUGCUAGGAUGUAUGGUUAAUACUAAAGAGGUCUUGAAGUAGAUAGCAACUAAAAUCAUAAACACAUUUUGCCCCGUGGCUGUCCUCUUGGAUGUAGGGUGAGCAGAUUAACACCGAACCUUUAUAAUUGACCAUUUGCUAAACCCCUCUAUCAAACAGUGAAUGUCAUAUCACAGUUUAGGAACCGUAACAAGGCUUAGACAGCCUGGCAAGCUCUUGGAUUGUGAAAGAGGCUGUAAGAAGACCAAUACUCAAUGAAUAAUUUGGAGGGUUGUAUCUUUUUCUCCUUUGCAAAACCAAUAACAUGAGCAGAAGUGAAGCAGUUGAUUAAGAUGUGUUUGUCUGCUCUAGUGACGCUCUAAUGGAUUAGCAAUGGUUAGCAUGUCGGGCUAACUAUCUCCCUGACGAUUGUUUUGAGGGUUUACAGGUUACUUAAAAAUGACAACAUUAACAUAAAAUAUCUUUCCCCCACUUUAUUAAAGUUAAGGAAUACUGUUAGCAUCUCUGUACUGUUUGUUACUGGAUUUAAGAAAAUUUGCACUCGCAAUCCCAGCCAAGCAUUAGACUCUAAAACAUGACUUAUUCCUAAAAGCCUGAAGACAUUGUGUUUAAAAAAUAAGGUAAAAAAGCAUGAAUCUAACCCCUGUCUUGGUUGUCUAAGUAUGCAAGCUAACAACCAAACAGAAUUCUGUUAACAAUAACUACUUCCUAAUACUCUGACUAAUGAGCUCCACACUGCAAUACAAGAGCACGUUUCCCUUCAACAACGACUGAGGAGGCUAACCUUUUCGCGGCAACAUGUAGCUAACGCCUAAGCCUGUUAGCGUGAUGUGUAUGCGGCCAUCCAGUGUUUAUCCAACACUUUUGAAAGUCAGCCAGAGACAGUGUUUUUAACCAACUCCCAGAGCUAUCGUUAGCUUAAGUUUUAAAGAUGAUUUUUUGGGGGGGGGGUCGCCCCAUUGUCAGCUUAAUUAGCUGGCUAGUAAGCUAAUUAAAUCAACUUGUGAUAGUUCAGCCGCCAAAAUUGAUGGUCACUGCUGCUUUCGGUUACUUUUGUGUUAAAUCAAAGAAUCUUUAUUUUUAUUGGAUUGGUCAAUUUCCCACUUUUAUUUUAAACUGCAUGCUUGUUAGAAAGCAAAGGUUGACAGGCGUAGCAGCAGUAGCUAACGGAGGGCCAUAGCGAACGGUCAGAGUGUUACAUCUGUAACUGCGUCUUGUUGUCUCCAUGUACUGCACCAAGCUUUUGAACUCCAAGAGAUCCUGAUGAGAAAAUUCAGCCACAUCCCCUUCUUUUGUCACAAGGAUGUUGAAAUGUGAAUGAGAUGACAAAAUGUGCGUGUACAUAAUAUCGAUUUAAUGUAACGUUUGGCAUUAAUCAUUGUUAUAAGCUAUCUUUUCAUUUUAAAUGUCUAUGGAAGUUUUCUGUUAUUUUCUUGCAAUGAAAUGCCUUUUUUUGAAAACUCACCAAAUGGCCAAAGUGUAAAAUACUAGUAUACAUUGUUGUAGAUAAGAAAAAACUUGAGAGCAAAUAAUGAAACAAGGAGAGGUUAUUGGAAAUGUUCACAGUUGUCAACUACGUUGAUACUGAAUUUAACUGAGCAAAUUAUCUAUGCAUUCUUUUGAUCUCGAGAUAUAGAAAGUCGUGAAAAGCCUUGCAUGCCCUUGGACGUUUAAAAGAACGACUGUAUGUACUGAACAGAAAUAUUUUUUAUUUUAUUUAUUCUAUUUUAUAAAGGUAUAUACUGAUUUUAUUAGUUGGGGCAAGUACAGUCUCUUGACUCACUUUCAUCAUCUCAGUCUCUGGUUAUGUCACAAUGCUACAACAAGCUCCGCUUUGCAGAAAAAAAGGCAGAUAUAGAGGAAUAUAUCUUUACCUUGUACAGUGCACUGAGAGCUGGGAGUCCCCUGUUGGUCUGAACUGUUAAACAGGUGGAGGAGGAGGAGGAGGAGGAGGAGGAGGAGGAAGAUAACAGUAGUGGACUCCCAGCGUCUCCGUCAAGCUCACACACAAAAAACAAAAAACACACACACAUGCCUUUCCCACAGAUGGAUGUGUCAGCUUCCGUUUGCUGCUCACUGAUUUGUACACUUUAUCAAUGUAAUCAAUUGUGAGAAUAAACAGCAUUAUAAAACAGGA